GUUAAAUUGGUCACAUGGAUGCAACGUUGUAGCAGGUACAGGAACUUUGUGUUAAGCUCCUAUGUUCAAUAAUAUAUUUGAUCAACAUGGUGUCCUCUUAUUACUACACGAAUAACACCAUUUCAUUUUAAAUAUGAUAAUGAUUUAUCAUUCAAAUUGUCUACGUACCACAUGUCUGUAUUUAUUGGGCUUUUGUUAGCAAGCGAAAUGGCUAGCCGAAUUAGCUAACUUGCUAGCUAGGUACAAAGUAAACAACACAGAAGCGAGUGACAUACUUCAUGUUGAUGUUUACUCUCCGGUAUUUGUGUCCAUAGCAAUAGCAGGGAUGAAGAAAGGGAAUUGGCGUGACAGGGACCGAAGGCGACACGGUUACCGCUCUGACUGGCAAAGGGACAGAACACAGGAACAAAGGUAGGAUGGUGAUCAUGAUGACAAUGGCUCUCACGACCGCAGGUUGGUUGGCCCAAAUUAUGUGUAAACUACCUAGCCUUAUUUACAAGGCAAACAAAAUGGAGUUCGUUUACUUGAUCUAUCAAAUGCUGAGGGAGUUCUUGGGCCAUGAAUCUUCAUUCAGUACAUUUUAUAUGAUCUGAAUGAAAUGUAUUCCUAAACUCUGUUAUAAUCCUGCCACUGUGUGUUUGUAUUAACUGUGUAAUGGUGGCACUGUGCGUCUCCUCUCUGGACCCCAGGUAUGGCAGCAGUGAAGCGGGCCCCUCCUACAGAGACAGGACCCCAGAGAGUAGGCCUAGUCCAGCUGCUGCAGCCUCAUCCUCCUCCAGCUCUUCUGCUCCAGGUGAGUAACACUAAGACACACACCUUUCUACACGGCUAUAGAAUGACUACUUAUGAAUCAGUGCAGUCCUAAGUGCGUCACUUUUAUUUUCUUUUGAAGUAAUCACAACACACACCCAACAAUACAGACUCAAUGUCCUUUUUUUUUUCUUCUGUCCUGUCCAUGUGUACCUUGGUCCUUCCAUCUCCAGAGCUGCCAGGGUUCUACUUUGACGCCGAGAAGAACCGUUACUUUCGGCUGCUGCCGGGCCACAACAACUGCAACCCUCUGACCAGAGGGCUGCUGCAGGAGAGGGAGCAGGAGAAACACAGGGCCAGGAUGAUCACUGAGGACGAGAGGCCCAGGAAGGUACUACCACAGAGGGGGCGUUUGGUACCCUGUUGAUGGUAGAUCAGGGGCGUUUGGUACCCUGUUGAUGGUGGAUCAGGGGCCGUUUGGUACCCUGUUGAUGGUGGAUCAGGGGCCGUUUGGUACCCUGUUGAUGGUGGAUCAGGGGCGUUUGGUACCCUGUUGAUGGUAGAUCAGGGGCGUUUGGUACCCUGUUGAUGGUAGAUCAGGGGCGUUUGGUACCCUGUUGAUGGUGGAUCAGGGGCGUUUGGUACCCUGUUGAUGGUGGAUCAGGGGCGUUUGGUACCCUGUUGAUGGUAGAUCAGGGGCGUUUGUUACCCUGUUGAUGGUAGAUCAGGGGCGUUUGGUACCCUGUUGAUGGUGGAUCAGGGGGGCGUUUGGUACCCUGUUGAUGGUGGAUCAGGGGCCGUUUGGUACCCUGUUGAUGGUGGAUCAGGGGCCGUUUGGUACCCUGUUGAUGGUGGAUCAGGGGCCGUUUGGUACCCUGUUGAUGGUGGAUCAGGGGCGUUUGGUACCCUGUUGAUGGUGGAUCAGGGGCGUUUUGUACCCUGUUGAUGGUGGAUCAGGGGCGUUUGGUACCCUGUUGAAUUUAAAAUGUAUUGUAAUUUGUAUCUUACAGCCGUUUGAUGCCGUCUCUCCUUCCCAAAUUGAAAAAGACAGCAGCUCUGAAGGGUUUUCUAGUUUGUAUGUGUUGUUUCUCCCUCCAGAAAGCACCAAGAGCAGGCCUGAACUCAGCUCUGCUGCUGCAGAAAAGACACCUGGGUCUGCUGCCUGGGGUCUCGUACUGUAGGUACUGUAUCAAAAGGACACACACACACACACACACACAUAUACACACACACACACACACACACACACACACACACACACACACACAUACGCUAUUGUGUACCUUAUGAUUGUGUGUGUCUGUGUGUGUAUGUGUGUAUGUGUGUAUGUGUGUAUGUGUGUGAUUGUGUGAUUGUGUGUGUGUGUGUGCCCAGGCGGAUCCAUGAGGUGAAGGUGAGUGGGAUGAGACGUCACAGACUGGAGGUCCAGAGCUCUGACAGCAGCAGUCCCAACACAGACAACUUCAGACUCAUAGUGGUGAGUUACACACACACACACACACAUGCUCUCUAGUGACUUUUAAGCAAAACGUUGGCAAUGAUAGACUGGUGUAAACUUCCUCCUAAUUGUCCUAUUUUUUCCCCUCUUCCUCCUCUCCUCACUUUCUCUUCCUCCUCCCCUCUCUUCCUCCUACCCUCUCUUCUUCCUCCUCUCUCUCAGGGUGACUCUGCGUGUGAGCGAGUGUUCACGGUUAACGACGUGUCUCACGGAGGCUGCAAGUAUGGCAUCAUGAACUUCAGAGGCUGCAGCAGGGGCUCCCUGUCUGUUGAGAUGUGUGACAACCUCUACUUUACAAAUAGAAAGGUGAGGGAAGGAAGGAAGAUAUAGGGCUGAGGAAAACCACUACUUUACCAACAGAAAGGUGAGAUAGAGGGAAGGCUAGGGGCUGGGGAGAGAGGACUGGGGAGGAAGGCUAGGGGCUGGGGAGAGAGGACUGGGGAGGAAGGCUAGGGGCUGGGGAGAGAGGACUGGGGAGGAAGGCUAGGGGCUGGGGAGAGAGGACUGGGGAGGAAGGCUAGGGGCUGGGGAGGAAGGCUAGGGGCUGGGGAGAGAGGACUGGGGAGGAAGGCUAGGGGCUGGGGAGAGAGGACUGGGGAGGAAGGCUAGGGGCUGGGGAGAGAGGACUGGGGAGGAAGGCUAGGGACUGGGGAGAGAGGACUGGGGAGGAAGGCUAGGGGCUGGGGAGAGAGGACUGGGGAGGAAGGCUAGGGGCUGGGGAGAGAGGACUGGGGAGGAAGGCUAGGGGCUGGGGAGAGAGGACUGGGGAGGAAGGCUAGGGGCUGGGGAGAGAGGACUGGGGAGGAAGGCUAGUUUGGGAGUUGGGCAUUAGAAGCAUGCUGGAUGGUAUGAAUAUCUACCCAGGCAACUUGAACACCUAUUCUGACACUAAUCUAUGUUGUCCCUGUUUUCUACCUGUUCUGUACCUGUGUUAUAUACACUGCUCAAAAAAAGAAAGGGAACACUAAAACAACACAUCCUAGAUCUGAAUGAAUGAAAUAAUCUUAUUAAAUACUUUUUUCUUUACAUAGUUGAAUGUGCUGACAACAAAAUCACACAAAAAUUAUCAAUGGAAAUCAAAUUUAUCAACCCAUGGAGGUCUGGAUUUGGAGUCACCCUCAAAAUUAAAGUGGAAAACCACACUACAGGCUGAUUCAACUUUGAUGUAAUGUCCUUAAAACAAGUCAAAAUGAGGCUCAGUAGUGUGUGUGGCCUCCACGUGCCUGUAUGACCUCCCUACAACGCCUGGGCAUGCUCCUGAUGAGGUGGCGGAUGGUCUCCUGAGGGAUCUCCUCCCAGACCUGGACUAAAGCCAACUCCUGGACAGUCUGUGGUGCAACGUGGCGUUGGUGGAUGGAGCGAGACAUGAUGUCCCAGAUGUGCUCAAUUGGAUUCAGGUCUGGGGAACGGGCGGGCCAGUCCAUAGCAUCAAUGCCUUCCCCUUGCAGGAACUGCUGACACACUCCAGCCACAUGAGGUCUAGCAUUGUCUUGCAUUAGGAGGAACCCAGGGCCAACCGCACCAGCAUAUGGUCUCACAAGGGGUCUGAGGAUCUCAUCUCGGUACCUAAUGGCAGUCAGGCUACCUCUGGCGAGCACAUGGAGGGCUGUGCGGCCCCCCAAAGAAAUGCCACCCCACACCAUGACUGACCCACCGCCAAACCGGUCAUGCUGGAGGAUGUUGCAGGCAGCAGAACGUUCUCCACGGCGUCUCCAGACUCUGUCACGUCUGUCACGUGCUCAGUGUGAACCUGCUUUCAUCUGUGAAGAGCACAGGGUGCCAGUGGCGAAUUUGCCAAUCUUGGUGUUCUCUGGCAAAUGCCAAACGUCCUGCACGGUGUUGGGCUGUAAGCACAACCCCCACCUGUGGACGUCGGGCCCUCAUACCACCCUCAUGGAGUCUGUUUCUGACCGUUUGAGCAGACACAUGCACAUUUGUGGCCUGCUGGAGGUCAUUUUGCAGGGCUCUGGCAGUGCUCCUCCUGCUCCUCCUUGCACAAAGGCGGAGGUAGCAGUCCUGCUGCUGGGUUGUUGCCCUCCUACGGCCUCCUCCAUGUCUCCUGAUGUACUGGCCUGUCUCCUGGUAGCGCCUCCAUGCUCUGGACACUACGCUGACAGACACAGCAAACCUUCUUGCCACAGCUCGCAUUGAUGUGCCAUCCUGGAUGAGCUGCACUACCUAAGCCACUUGUGUGGGUUGUAGACUCCGUCUCAUGCUACCACUAGAGUGAAAGCACCGCCAGCAUUCAAAAGUGACCAAAACAUCAGCCAGGAAGCAUAGGAACUGAGAAGUGGUCUGUGGUCACCACCUGCAAAACCAGUCCUUUAUUGGGGGUGUCUUGCUAAUUGCCUAUAAUUUCCACCUGUUGUCUAUUCCAUUUUCACAACAGCAUGUGAAAUGUAUUGUCAAUCAGUGUUGCUUCCUAAGUGGACAGUUUGAUUUCACAGAAGUGUGAUUGACUUGGAGUUACAUUGUGUUGUUUAAGUGUUCCCUUUAUUUUCUUGAGCAGUGUAUAUACACACACACACACACACACACACACACACUACCGGUCAAAAGUUUAUAGAACACCUACUCAUUCAAGGGUUUUUCUUUAUUUGUACUAUUUUCUUCAUUGUAGAAUAAUAGUUACACCUUAACACCUCCUCCUCCAUGCUUCACGGUGGGAACCACACAUGCGGAGAUCAUCCAUUCACCUACUCUGCGUCUUACAAAGACACGGCGGUUGGAACCCAAAAUCUCAAAUUUGGACUCAUCAGACCAAAGGACAGAUUUCCACCAGUCUAAUGUCCAUUGCUCGUGUUUCUUGGCCCAAUCAGGUCUCUUCUUCUUAUUGGUGUCCUUUGGUAGUGGUUUCUUUGCAGCAAUUCAACCAUGAAGGCCUGAUUCACGCAUUUUCCUCUGAACAGUUGAUGUUGAGAUGUGUCUGUUACUUGAACUCUAUGAAGCAUUUAUUUGGGCUGCAAUUUGAGGUGCAGUUAACUCUAAUUAACUUAUCCUCUGCAGCAGAGGUGACUCUGGGUCUUCCUUUCCUGUGGUGGUCCGCAUGAGGGCCAGUUUCAUCAUAGCGCUUGAUGGUUUUUGCGACUGCACUUGAAGAAACUUUCAAAGUUCUUGACAUGUUCCGUAUUGACUGACCUUCAUGUCUUAAAGUAAUGAUGAACUGUCGUUUCUCUUUGCUUAUUUGAGCUGUAUUUUUGGACUUGGUCUUUUACAAAAUAGGACUAUCUUCUGUAUAUCCCCCCUACUUUGUCACAACACAACUGAUUGUCUCAAACGCAUUAAGAAGGAAAUAAAUUCCACAAAUUAACUUUUAACAAGGCACACCUGUUAAUUUAAAUGCAUUCCAGGUGACUACCUCAUGAAGCUGGUUGAGAGAAUGCCAAGAGUGUGCAAAGCGGUCAUCAAGGCAAAGGGUGGCUACUUUGAAGAAUAUAACAUAUAUUUUGAUUUGUUUAACACUUUUUUGGUUACUACAUGAUUCCAUAUGUGUUAUUUCAUAGUUUUGAUUUCUUCACUCUUAUUCUACAAUGUAAAACAUAGUAAAAAAUAAAGAAAAACCCUGGAAUGAGUAGGUGUGUCCAAACUUUUGACCGGUACUGUGUAUAUAUAUGAAUGUUUUCUGUGUGUUUCAGGUGAACUCUAUCUGCUGGGCCUCCGUCACCCACCCUGACUCACACGUCCUGUAUCCUUCAUACACAAUGCAGUUAAGACUGGGAUGCUACACAAUGUGCUUUAUGACCCUGCACCCCAUAGCGGAUGCAUCCGGUUUACAGGAGAUACAGCUCAUUCAACCAAGCUUCCUUCUCCACUGAAAACCAGGCGUGGGAACUCCGCUCAGGCGUUUAUUUUUUUACGCCUGUUACGUUAGGGUUAAUGACCCUGUCUAGUCACUGUAGUUUGUCCCACGGGGUCAAAGGUCUCAGCAUGUUGGUGUUCAGACCGUUGUCAGUACCUGUGCUUAGAGUGGUGUUGGGUUAGUGUUUCCUUGACUCCAGUGUUCAGCCUGUGUCUGGUGGGCAUGGCAGAGACUCCUGGCUGUGUCAGUUUACUACCAGCUUCUCUCUUCAGCAACUCCAACCCAGGUAACCGUUUUCAUAUACUUCUCUCAGAACAUGCUUUCCUUUUUCCAUGACAUUUUACUGUAAAAUAUAAUGCCCAUAUAUUUAAUGUUGAGCACAUUUGUUAUUUUUUCCCUCUCCCCCCCUCCUCCUCCUCCCUCUCCUCCUCCCUCUUCUCCUCCUCCCUCUUCCCCCCCUCCUCUCUUCUCCCCAUCCCCAUCCUCCUUCUCUCUCCUCCCCUUCCUCUCUCCUCCACCCUCUUCCCCCCCUCCUCUCUCCUCCCUCUUCCCCCCCUCCUCUCUCCUCCCUCUUCCCCCCCUCCUCUCUCCUCCCCAUCCCCCUCUCUCCUCCCCAUCCCCCUCCUCCUUCUCUCUCCUCCACCACCUCCUCUCCAGACCAACCGGGGAUGCUGUGUAGUUUUAAGAUAUCUACAGCCUGGUCCUGUGCCUGGUGUCUCAACCCUCAGGCUGACAAAACCUUCAGCACUGGUUAGUUUGAUGCCUACCAUAAUCUUUUACCAAUGUAUUAGCAUUUUACACUCUGUAAUGUUAGUACUACUGUAGCAAGCAACACCUUCCAGUUGACCAUUUUAUACAAUGUUCCCACAUGAAACAUCUCACUGAAACUUGCCUGUUCAUGUUUCAAUAUUAAUAACAACAGAUCAUUUUAUGACGAUGACAUUCUGUUCUUCUUCGUACUGUUCCUUUUAUACACAUGUAUAGAACAGUAGUUACAGGUUAAAUGUCUUUUCUCUUUACAUAGAACUUACAGUGCAUUCGGAAAGUAUUCAGACCCCUUCUCCACAUUUUGUUACAUUACAGCCUUAUUCUAAAAUGGAUUUAAAAAAUAAUAAUUAUCAUCAAUCUAAACAUAAUACCCCAUAAUGACAAAGUGAAAACAGGUUAUAGACAUUUUUGCAAAUUUAUUAAGUAUUCAGACCCUUUGCUAUGAGACUCGAAAUUGAGCUCAGGUGCGUCCUGUUUCCAUUGGUCAUCCUUGAGAUGUUUCUACAACUUGAUUGGAGUCCACAUGUAUUAUACUCAAUUGUUUGGACAUGAUUUGGUAAGGCACACACCCACAGUUGACAGUGCAUGUCAGAGCAAAAACCAAGCCAUGAGAUGGAAGGAAUUGUCGGUAGAGCUCCGAGACAGGUUUGUGUCAAGGAACAGAUCUGGGGAAGGGUACCAAAACAUUUCUGCAGCAUUGAAGGUCCCCAAGAACACAGUGUCCUCCAUCGUUCUUAAAUGGAAGAAGGUUGGAACCACCAAGACUCUUCCUAGAGCUGGCUGUCCGGCCAAACUGAGCAAUCGGGGGAGAAGGGCCUUGGUCAGGGAGGUGACCAAGAACCCGAUGGUCACCCUGACAGAGCUCCAUAGAACCUUCCAGAAGCCCAACCAUCUCUGCAGCACUCCACCAAUCAGGCCUUUAUGGUAGAAUGGCCAGACGGAAGCCACUCCUCAGUAAAAGGCACGACAGCCCGCUUGGAGUUUGCCAAAAGGCACCUAAAGGACUCUCAGACCAUGAGAAACAAGAUUCUCUGGUCUGAUGAAACCAAGAUUGAACUAUUUGGCCUCUGAAUACCAAGCGUCACGUCUGGAGGAAACCUUGCACCAUCCCUACGGUGAAGCAUGGUGCUGGCAGCAUCUUGCUGUGGGGAUGUUUUCCAGCGGCAGGGACUGGGAGACUAGUCAGGAUCGAGGCAAAGAUGAACGGAGCAAAGUACAGAGAGAUCAUUGAUGAAAACCUGCUCCCGAGUGCUCAGGACCUCAGACUGGGGCGAAGGUUCACCUUCCAACAGGACAACGACCCUAAGCACACAGCCAAGACAACGCAGGGGUGGCUUCAAGACAAGUGUCUGAAUGUCCUUGAGUGGCCCAGCCAGAGCCCGGACUUGAACCCGAUCGAACAUCUCUGGAGAGACCUGAAAACAGCUGUGUAGCGACGCUCCCCAUCCAACCUGACAGAGUUUGAGAGGAUCUGCAGAGAAGAAUGGGAGAAACUCCCCAAAUACAGGUGUGCCAAGCUUGUAGCGUCAUACCCAAGAAGACUCGAGGCUGUAAUCGCUGUCAAAGGUGCUUCAACAAAGUACUGAGUAAAGGGUCUGAAUACUUAUGUAAAUGUCAUAUUUCAGUUUUAAAUUUUUUAUAAAUUUGCAAACAUUUCUAAAAACCUGUUUUUGCUUUGUCAUUAUGGGGUAUUGUGUGUAGCUGUAACGUAACAAAAUGUGUGAAAAGUCAAGGGGUCUGAAUACUUUCCGAAUGCACUGUAUACACUGGUCUGGUGGCCAUUUUGAAAAGCACCAUUUGAGUGACUGUUUCCCGUUCUGUCUCCUGUGGUCUUUUCCCUGUCUGUCUGUCUGUUGUCAGGUCUGUCUCGCAGGGUGAUAGUGACGGACGCAGUGACGGGCAGGAGACAGACGUAUGGCAUCGGCAGUGAUGUGCUGGCACAGCAGUUUGCCCUCAGGGUGAGUUAGUGGCGCCAUGGCACAACAGAGACAUGGCAUUCACUUUUAGAUUCAUUGUCACAAAAACUGUAACUAAAACUGGUGAGAAGCUGAUAAUUUUUAAGUGUGUGUCUGUGCGUGGGUGUGUGUGUGAGAGAGAUGAACAGAUUGAGGGGCGCUUCUCAAACUUCUUUAUUAUUGACCUUCAGAGUUUUUAACAUGCCCUUUUCUCCCUCCCCCUCUCUCUCCCCCCUCCCCAUUCCUCCCCCUCUCCCCCAUUCCUCCCUCCCCAUUCCCCUCCCACGCCCCCCUCCAUUCCCCUCCCACGCCCCCCUCCAUUCCCCUCCCACGCCCCCCUCCAUUCCCCUCCCACGCCCCCCUCCAUUCCCCUCCCACGCCCCCCUCCAUUCCCCUCUCCCCUCCCCCCUCCCCCUCUCCCUCCUCCCCCUCUCCCUCCUCCUCCAUUCCCCUCUCCCCCCUCUCCUUCCCCCUCCUCUCCCUCUCCUUCCCCCUCCCCUCUCCCCCCCUCCCCCCUCUCCCUCUCUCCCCCUCCCUCUCCCUCUCCCUCCCUCCCCCUCCCUCCCCCUCCCUCUCCCCCUCUCCCCUCCCUCUCCCCCUCCCCUCCCCCUCCCCCCUCUCACCUCCCCUACCUCCACGACAUCUUCCUCUCCCUCUCAGGGCGAUCCGGACCACACUAAGCUGUAGGUCAGGAAAUCUCUACACCUCGUACAAGAGACAGACGACCACAACACCUAACCUGCAGGUCUACUACAGACCUGACACACAACACUCCGUACGAAACACAGGAUACACACACACACGCACGACAUGAGACACACAACCACACACACUGGGACAGGUCACACACACACCACACCACACACCACACAACACACACACACACACACACUGGACAGGUCACACACACACACACACCACACUACAUCACACACACACACACACACCACACACACACACACAACACACACACACACACACUGGGACAGGUCCACACACACACACACACCACUGACAGUCACACACACAACCACUGGACAGUCACACACACACACACACACACACACCCACACACCCACUGGGACAGGUCAAACACACACUGGGACAGGUCACACACAACACUGGGACAGGUCAAACACACUGGGACAGGUCACACACACUGGGACAGGUCACACACACUGGGACAGGUCACACACACGGGACAGGUCACACACACACACACACACACACACACACACACACACACACACACAACACACUGGGACAGGUCACACACACACACACACACACACACUGGGACAGGUCACACACACACACUGGGACAGGUCAAACACACUGGGACAGGUCACACACACACACACACACACACGGACAGGUCACACACACUGAGACAGGUCACACACACACACACACGGACAGGUCACACACACUGGGACAGGUCACACACACUGGGACAGGUCACAUACACACUGGGACAGGUCACACACACACACUGGGACAGGUCACACACACACACACACACACACACACACACUGGGACAGGUCACACACACACACUGGGACAGGUCACACACACAUAUACUGGGACAGGUCACACACACAAGUGUGGUAAAGUUAAGCCUUAUCCGACUCUGUUUUACCUGUGUGUUGAUAUGUGUCUCACUGCAGAUCAAGCUGUGGGAUGUUCGAGUAACAAAACCAGUGCAGAAGUACGAGGGCCAUCAUAAUGAACACGCCUACUUACCCCUCCACAUCAAUGAACCUGAGGGACUGCUGAUGGCUGGUAGGUUACAGGACCUUACUGCUGAUGGCUGGUAGGUUACAGGACCUUACUGCUGAUGGCUGGUAGGUUACAGGACCUUACUGCUGAUGGCCGGUAGGUUACAGGACCUUACUGCUGAUGGCCGGUAGGUUACAGGACCUUACUGCUGAUGGCCGGUAGGUUACAGGACCUUACUGCUGAUGGCCGGUAGGUUACAGGACCUUACUGCUGAUGGCCGGUAGGUUACAGGACCUUACUGCUGAUGGUUGGUAGGUUACAGGACCUUACUGCUGAUGGCCGGUAGGUUACAGGACCUUACUGCUGAUGGCUGGUAGGUUACAGGACCUUACUGCUGAUGGCCGGUAGGUUACAGGGCCUUACUGCUGACUGCUGGUAGGUUACAGGGCUUAACUUCUCUUCAAGAGGAAUGAAAAUUCAGGUUACUACUUUUUGAUCACUUCAACUCAGUAAUUAUUCCAGGGAAGGGAAUGCACUCACUUUAAGUCUCUCUGGAUACGUGUAGAGAAGGCCACUCAACUUGUACUGCACUGACUCAGAUGACACAUGAUUGGUCAAAAGAAAUGGAUAAUAAAAUGAUAGUUGGAGCUCUAUUGAUAGAUUUUAAGUGUAGCCUUUGAUGUUAUUGAUCAUACAUUUUGAUGAAGAAACUCACUUGCUAUAUGGCUUUACAUCACCUGCCAUCACAUGGUUGGAGAGUUAUUUAUCCAAUAGAACCCAGAGAGUGUUCUUUGAUGGAAGCUUCUCUAACGGUGUCCCUCAGGGCAGUAGCCUUGGGCCGUUACGCUUCUCUUUGUUUUACAAAUGAUUUGCCACUGGUCUUACACAAAGCUAGAAUGACUGUAUGAGGAGGAUUCCACACUCAACAUGUCAGCACCCAAAGCCAAUUAGCUCACUGAAAUUCUAAAUAAGGAGUUAGUCAGUGUCAUAAUGGGUGAUUAAUAAUAAACUGGUCUUAAAUACAUCUAAAACUAAAAGCAUUGUAUUUGGUCAAGUGCAGCCAAGAAAGACCUAGCAAAGCUGCAGCAUGCUCAAAACAGAGCAGCAUGCCUUGCCCUUAACGCCACAAACAAAGCUAACUUCAACAACAUGCAUGCCAGUCUUUCCUGGUUGAGGGCUGACGAGAGAUUAACUGCUUCUCUUCUAGUUUUUAUGAUACAGAUUAUUGUGAUGAUAAAUUCCAGAUUGCCUGCAUAAUCAAAUAACAUUCAGCUCAGACACCCAUACAUUCCCCACAAGACAUGCCACCAGGGGUCUCUUCACAGUCCCGAAGUCCAAAACGAAUUCACGGCAAUGCACAGUAUUAUACAGAUCCAUGAAACUCCCUUCCAUCUCCAAAUAGUCAAGCAAACAGCAAAAUGACCUUUUAGAAAACGGAUUAAACAACAUCUCGUGGAACAGCGGGCACUGUGAGGGGGCCCACACAUUCGUUUUUAGUUGUAUUGUUUGUGUAUCGUAUUUUAAAUGUGUGUGACUGUCCUCGUCUAUCAAUGUUUUGUUACAUGUCAUGUUUUUUUUUUAUAUUUGUGGACUCCAGAAAAAGUAGCUGAUGCUUCUGCAAAAGUUAACGAGGAUCCAAAUAAACAUUUUUAAAAAGUGUCUGCUAAAUGACUAAAAUGUCCAUGAAAGGAGGAAAGAAAAGUAUCCAGACAAUAUCUUACCCUCUUCAUUUAUGUCUUCUCCAGUGGGUCAGGACUGCUACACCCGUCUGUGGUCUCUGGGGGACGGCAAGCUCCUGAGGACCAUCCCAUCUCCCCACCCUGCAGGGAAGGACCUGAUCCCCAGCGUGGUCUUCUCCUCCCAGCUAGGAGGCAGCAGAGGCCUGCCUGGUCUCCUCAUGGCUGUUAGGCACGAUCUGUACUACUUCCCUUAUAACAGUGACUACCAGGAGGGAGGAGGGGUUGUAGCAGAGGCAGCCUGCUAGGGGAGGGCU